UUCAUUUUUAUAUUGAUUUUUUUAUCUUUUCAAUUACCUAAAUUUACAUGUCAGACUACGUGGACGUUAUAAACUACAAUUCCCAGGCGCCGGAGCUCUUCACGCAUGCGCACUGCGCAGCGAUAAGUGACAGCUGUCGUCAACCAUUCACAACAUGACAGGAAUCCAGCGGAGGCCUAUAAAACGUCUGAGAAGGUGGUGACAGUUUCCAUAGUAGCAGAGGACGGUUAAGCUCUCUUACCAAUCACAAGCGGAGCUCUAAUGAUUGACAGGAGCCUUCACCAAUCAGCUCUCUUCUUAUCCUAAGCACCGCCCCCUUCACUUCAUGACAGUGCCUCGCGUCACAAUUUUGACUGACAUCUCCUCCCGCCAAUCCGAUCGCUCCUUGAUUCGCCUUCGUUGACGACAGGAAAGAAGGGGGAGGGACGGUAGCAACAGUUGCCCGGGUGAGGGACCGAGCGGCCAUAGCCACGGUAGUCGUGGCGACAAGAACCCCGGCAACGGGAAUCAACAACAACAACCACCCCCCCCAGCAUCCAAGACCCGGUUACCGCGCCACAUUUUCGGUGUACCCGUUACCAGCAGGGUGGGGUCGUUCUUAAAUUCCCACCGGGCACUCCCCCGGAAUCCAGCGCUGGAGAGAAACCGGAAACGCCCGAUAAGUGACCCGACUCGGCGCUGUGACAGGAUUACGGUCGCUAGGGAACGUGACUCGCUCACCAGCCACAAUGGCUACCCAGGCCUACGUGACGGAACUCCAGGCCACUCCACCCACCUCAGCUCAGAGCACCCCCCAGCAGUAUGUGGCAGAACUGCAGGUGACCCCGCCAGCAGCCACCCCUCAGUCGGCCGGUCCUCAGACCCCUGCCCCUCAGCAGUACAUAGUGGUCACAGUCUCCGAAGGUUCCAUGAGAGGCAGCGAUGGUGAACUGAGCCCAGGAGGGUCCUCAACCACCCAGACUGCUGUGCCCACACAGGUCGUGCAGCAGGUACAUACAGCGCAGCAGAGACUGCUGGUACAAGCCAGGGUCCAGCCCAAAGUGACUGCAGUGUCUCCCCUGCAGCUGGCUGGAGCGUCUGUAUCCCAACAACGCCUGGUGGUGCAGAGUGCUCCAAAGGCGGCUCAGGUCUCCCUGGCAGUACACACAGUGCAGCAGCCGGCGCAUUCGCCACCAGAGAGUGAAAGUGCAACCCUGAAGACUGCACAGAGUCAGCCCCUGCAGGUGCAUGGAACCCCUCAAGAGCGCUCUGUUGUGCAGGCGACUCCUCAACCGCAGAAGUCUUCUCCUGUCCAUCAAUUGAAUGUCCAGGGUCUGCAGCAUGUCCAGGGGACUUCAGAGAGCUCAGUCAGGAGGUUUCUGUGUAGUUCAGCUGAGCAUCAGAUAGAACAUGAAGAGUUAGAGAUUACAAUCUGCCAGUCCCCGCUCCACUCCUUACCUCCUAUGAUGCCAGGGCCUAGUUCCGAGUGGGUGGAUCUGUUCCAUUUCAUGCCUUCUCAUCUACUUUUUUCCACCUUACUCGGAGACCACCCAGAACAGAGAGUCAAAGUUCAGAGAGUGCCACAAGUUUUGCUGUUUGAUACCGCCCCCACCGCGCUGAAAGUGCAGCAGUUACCACAGGUUCCGGUACAGCACGUAUAUCCUGGGCAAGUUCAGUAUGUAGAAGAAGGAGAUGCCACCUAUACGGCAAGCUCCAUACGCUCAGCAUCCUUCCCCUAUACAGAGACUCCACUAUACAGCCAAGCCACGGGAUCCACUUACUAUGAGUCUCAGAGUGCCACAGGCCCGGUCAGCUCCCCUACAUCCUCUCCGACUGUGGCCAACAGUCCCUCGGUACCUAUGUAUGUAUCUGGAGGACAGAUCCUUGCCAAUGCCACCCCACCGGGGGCUUCUGGAGGAACUGCGGCCAGUGGAGGGUCAGGAUGUGGCACCUAUGUGAUACAGGGUGGAUUUAUCAUGGGUAAUGCUGUUCAGUCCUACUCUCACACCACACGUGCCUCCCCUGCCACGGUCCAAUGGCUGCUGGACAAUUACGAGACAGCAGAGGGGGUAAGCCUCCCCCGUAGCACCCUGUACUGCCACUACCUCCUGCACUGUCAGGAGCAAAAGCUGGAGCCUGUGAAUGCGGCAUCAUUCGGGAAGCUCAUCCGCUCAGUCUUCAUGGGGCUCCGCACCCGUCGCUUGGGGACCAGGGGGAACUCCAAGUAUCACUACUACGGUCUCCGAAUUAAAGCCAGCUCCCCCCUACUGCGUCUUAUGGAGGAUCAGCAGCACCUUGCUAUGCGACAACAGCCCUUCUCCCAAAAACAGAGGAUGAAGCCCAUUCAAAAGAUGGAGGGAAUGAGUAAUGGAGUCGGAGGAGCUCAGCAGACGCCUUCUGGCCUUUCUGACAUCAGCUCCCAGGUUCAGCAAUACCAGCAGUUCCUGGAUGCCUCUCGGACACUUCCAGAGUUUGGGGACAUAGACCUACAAGAAAAGCCACUUCCGGAUGGCAUCACCUUGGACAGCAUCAAGGCCUUUCAGCUGCUGUACCGUGAGCAUUGUGAGGCUAUUGUGGACGUGGUGGUGAAUCUUCAGUUCACCUUGGUAGAGACGCUCUGGAAAACCUUCUGGAGGUUCAACCAGGCCCAGCACAGUGAUAACACCAUAGAUGAUGAAGCAGAGAAACGUUUGCCUAAGGACAGCCUGGUUCUCUUAUCCAAGUACGAGCCCCUGUUGAAAUGGUGCCGGGACUGUGAUCAUCAGCUGUACCAGGGGCUUGUGGAGACGCUUAUUCCAGAUGUGCUUCGCCCUAUUCCCAGUGCUUUGACACAAGCCAUUCGCAACUUUGCCAAGAGUCUGGAGAGUUGGCUUACAAGUGCAAUGAUGAAUAUCCCCGAGGAGAUGGUGAGGAUUAAGGUUGGUGCUGCAAGUGCCUUUGCCCAGACGUUACGCCGCUAUACAUCACUAAAUCACCUGGCACAGGCAGCUCGGGCUGUGCUGCAGAAUACCGCCCAGAUCAACCAGAUGCUCAGCGACCUCAACAGGGUAGAUUUCACCAACGUACAAGAGCAGGCCUCAUGGGUGUGCCGCUGUGCUGACCGGGUAGUCCAGCGUCUGGAGCAGGAUUUUAAGUUAACCCUUCAGCAGCAGAGCUCCCUCGAGCAGUGGGCAGUGUGGUUGGACGGUGUUGUCUCCCAGGUUCUGAAGCCUUAUCAGGGCAAUCCCGGAUUUUCAAAGGCUGCAAAACUGUUCCUACUAAAAUGGUCCUUCUACAGCUCCAUGGUGAUUCGGGACCUUACCCUGCGUAGUGCCGCCAGCUUUGGUUCCUUUCAUCUGAUUCGCCUCCUAUAUGACGAGUACAUGUACUACCUAAUAGAGCACCGUGUAGCCCAGGCCCGUGGAGAGACUCCCAUUGCUGUCAUGGGAGAGUUUGCCAAUACUGGGAGCUCAUCGCAUUCUAUGGAUCAAGACAAGGAUGAAGAAGAGGAGGAGGAUGAUGAGAGCGAUGAGGACAUGACCCACGAGCUGCCCCUCCACUCCAAUGACUCUUCCACCGCGCUGGGAUCCGAUUCCCUCGAACCGCCCAGCAAGUUAGCCCGGACCGACGACCAGAGCAUUUUUGUCCAAGUCGCCCCCAACACCUAAUAAGCUGCAGAUGGGUCAGACGUGCGCCACAUCCUUCACACGGUAGCAUGGACAGGUCUAGGGGUCACACCUGUGAGUGCCCCAAUAAUGCACUAGAUAUAUGUUCAAUACCAACAAGGCAAAGGGCUCUUGUAGCUGUCUGUUCUAUAUGGCCGAGCACUAUAUGUGUAUAUGAUUUAUACACAGUAACUGCAGGUUGUGUAUGUAUACGUGAUCCCAUACAUAAUGCACCACUGCUGUCUGCACCCGGCCAAUGUGUCUAUAUGUAUAUACAUAUUUUAUCUAUACAGAACUGGAUUGUAAACAGAGGCCCGUCCUACUAAAUUUUAGUAUAUAUAUUCACUGACAAGAGACCCUAAACCGUGCCAGUUGGCGAAUUUUCAGUGCCAUGACCGUAUACCUAUAUAUAAGCUAUAUAAUUAAGCAUUCUAUGCUGCCAAAAUGUAUUUACGUCACUAGCUAAAUUCUGUGAUCUGUAAAUCCAGCUUUUUCAGGCGUUGGUGGGUUAACUACAAGUCUCAGCAUGCCUGCCGGCUAGACAUUGUAGCUUCCACAACAGCUGAAUGGCUGCAGGAUACCUACCGUACCUCUUAUGUAAAAUCUGAUUCUACUGCCUUAAAAAAAUAAAAUAUCAGCCCACCCCCCUUUGCUCCCAGCACUGGGCAUCCGACCCCCCACCCUGUCCCAGCUUGUAUUCCUGUGGAUAACAUGACUAACUGUUAAUUAUAUUGAAUAUUGUGAUAUUGUCGCAGUGGGACGCCCUACGUGCUCCACCCCACACCAUGGCCUUACAUGUCUUCUUGUUCGUCAAACCUGUGUAAUCCCACUGCCUGUAUACGGGGAAGAGGAGGUAUUGUUAUUUUGUAUAAGCGAUAUAUAUAUAUGUCUAUCUCUAAAUCUUAGUUUUGUCUCGAUAUGACAGGAAGGGGAAGAUGGUUGAGGAACCGAGGGAGACUGCAGGCAAAACAGUUUUCUAACUUUUUUGUAGUAUUUCUUAAAUACACAAUAAAAUUUUGCUGUGUUCUGUAAGUUAUAUGAG